AUGAGUAUACAAAUUCGUGUAGUUAUACAACAAAUAUUGGACUUAUUGAUCAAUACCUUUUAUAAUAUUAUUUUGGCUUUGAUAUUCAAUAUGGAUAUAAUCUUCAAUGAUGACCACCUGGCGGCCUCCGGCUCCGACCCAGCGCCCGUAGCCAAGACGCAGUACUUGUCGCAGUCUUUGUCGCAGACCGAACCCAGCUCCUCCGCUUCUGAGCCUGUUACUGAAAAGACAGUUUGGUUCUGCCUAGGGGUUGAUAACGACCUCUAUAUGAUGAACCAAGAUGGAUCUUUCGACGAAGAUUCAGCGAACGAGCUGGCCGAUUGUGCCGAAGAGGCUUUCGAGUAA